CAGUAUCUUAAUUAUUGAAAUUGUCGUCUCAACAGGUCAACAUCAAAGCCAAGCUUAUGCACAGCAUACCAGAGGAGGGAGGGCCAACAUUUUGGAACUCAUGAAAUUUGAGGAGGAUGCGGCAAAGACAAAGAUCACUCCUGUGGGGAAGACGAGAUCAGCCUCUCCCAGUAAGCCAGUACGGAUGAGCCCUCCAUGAAUUCAUCACAUCCUGGCAGUCUCAAAUGUGUACAGAAGAAUAUGAAUAAAAGCCGAAGAUUCCCCAUCAUCCAGGUAACAGACCCGAAUACAAACAAAUCUAUCAACACCUUCAAUGAUUCCUCACUUCAGCAUCUGAGCAGUCCCAUGAGCACGGUCCUGCUCGCCUGCUUGUACCUCAUAGUGUUGAUCAUUGGCCUACCAGCCAACGGCCUGGCGCUCUACAUCCUCAUCACAAGAAUCAAGAAGUUGCCAUCCACAAUCUUCCUGAUGAAUCUUGCAUUGGCUGACCUUCUCCUGACCUUCGCCCUGCCUUUCAGAGUCUCCUACCACCUGCUGGGGAAUGACUGGGUAUUUGGAGAGUUGCUCUGCAGGGUUUGCAGUGCUCUAUUCUACGGGAAUGUGUACAGCUCCAUCCUGUUCCUGACCUGUAUUAGUGCUGAUCGAUACCUGGCUGUAGUGCAUCCCUUCCUUGCAAAGGAGAUCCGGAAGAAGGGAUUCACAUACUGCAUCUGCGGAGCUGUCUGGCUGUUGGUUCUUCUCUCCAUGCUGCCAAUUUAUAUCACUAAGCAGUCGUACGAGAUUUCCACUCUCAACAUUACCACAUGCAAUGACGCACUCUUAAAAGAGACACUGCGUGAUGGCCUCUUCUAUUACUUUGUUUGUCUGGUGAUAUUUGGCUUUGUGAUUCCUUGUUUAAUCACCAUCUUCUGUUACGUGUCCGUCAUUUCCACAUUGAUUUUAAACAACAGGCAGUAUGUCCAUGCGAUUAAGGUCACGCUGUUAGUUCUGCUAGUGUUCCUGGUGUGUCUGACCCCCGUUAAUGUGAUCUUGUUAAUUCACUCUUACACACACAGCAGUGACAUUUAUGCUUAUUCCAUGCUCUGCCUGGCGCUUAGCACCUUCAAUAACUGCAUCGACCCAUUCAUCUACUAUUACAUCUCUGAGGAGUUCAGGGACAAAGUGACAAGUACAAUUUGUGCCCCUAAAAACGAAAUGAGUUCUGGCAAAUCAGCUCAGACUCUCAUUCAGAGCAGCAGUGCUUCACAGCCAAGCCCUCCCCACUCGGUGUAGUUUCUGGUUCUGUUCUAGGUUCACUCGGGAAAACUUGCUUUGGGACUCUCCAAUUUGAUAGGACUCGAGCAGCAAGGUUUUCCCAGAACACUGCAUGUAGGACUUACCCAAACCUUUGUAACAGGUAUUGAGGGUUACUACGGGACCUACAUAUUUACCAGAUAGAAAAACUUUCAACCACCCAUUCAGUGUACAGCAUGUCAGUUAAACCUGUCAUUCAAGAUAAUUCUUGUAGCUCCUAACCAUCCUGUGAAAUGUUCAGUUCAAGGGCAAUUAGGAGAUGGGCAAUAAAUGCUGGUCUUGCCAGCGACGCCCAAAACCCUUGAAAGAAUAAAUUUAAAGAGAUGAUCUAAUCCUUCUGAAAGUUAUUAAAUCAGCUUCCACUGUCCUUUCAGGCAGCACAUAUCAAAUCACAACAAUUCACUAUAUAAAAAAUUUCUCAUCUGCCCCUCUGGUAUGUUUCUUAAUUAGCUGCAAUCUGUCCCCACUGGUUGAUGCUCCUAUUGAAUACAGUUAAGAUAUAUAAAGACCUUAUCACAUCAUUUACUUACAGACCUGCUGUAUGUAGACCAAAUAUACAGUAUCUUUCCUCCUGAAACAUUUGAUUCAAAAGAAACUUUUUUUAAAAAUUGUAUUAAGUAGGAUACCCAACACCACCUCCACGUUUGAGCAGUAUCACUGCCCCUCACCCUCCUAAUCAGUCAUCAGCUGUCCCUCGAUUCAAGGGUGAUGGUGACUCAUGGUCAUGAGUAGGGGGCGGGUCCAUUAGCUGGGUGGCUGCUUUGUGGUACAGAGACACCAACACCAUGGAUUCAAUUCCCAUACCAGCUGAGGCCAUCCAUCCUCAGCUACUUGAAGCAAAAACAUUCCAUUCUCCAAAAAAGACCUGUGUGUAAAUAUACUUUUUGUAACCUUUUGCCUCAAAUCUCUCUUAACAGUUUGAGGCAUUCAAGACAACAUUAGGUGAUUUGAGUAGAAACAAUGUGAGGGGAUACGGGAAAAGGCAGGGCAAUGGCACUAAGUCAUAAUGCUCAUUUGGAGAGCCGGUGGAGACACAAUGGGCCGAAUGGCCUCUGCCUGCGCUGUUAAAAUUCUGAGUCGCCAUGUUGUCAAGUAAAGAAGAAAUUAUAUUUUUCUUUUGGUAAUAUCACCAUCAUAUUUCUUAUGUACUGGAAAACAGGCUGUUGGGGAUUGUAAGUAUGGUAAUUGGAAGUGAGAGACCAGAGUGACUGCAAGAAUGUAAAGCCACAAUUAAGAAGUGGGUUUGAUAUGUUAAUGAACCAAGAGGCACUUCAACUAGAAUGUUAGUUUUGAAUUGAGUUGUUUUAGUUCAAAGGAGCAUAUAUGCAGGUUGUAAAAGAUACAUGGUAAAAAUAGGGUAAGUUUAUUUUUUUUUAAAAAGCUUAAAAGCUAGAGUAUAGAAAUGAGUUUAACCAAUUCUAGGAAGAAAGCAUUUUUGAAGAGACUGGUUGAGACAAGAGAGAUCAAAGGGAAGGAACGCAUUUAAGGAAAUACUGAAGCCUAUGUGGGGGUAGCUCUUUAGAUCUCCCAGAAGACAGUGUGAACAAGGCCAGACUUAGAGACCCAGUUACUGUCAGCUUCAGACACCCCCAAGGAAAAAGGCACCGUGUCAUAAAAAAUUACUGGAAUCCUAUAGAUUUUAAAAUCUAUAAGGAUAGUUGCUGAACAAAGGAGGGGAAGGUUAGCUGAGGGUAGUUAAGAUCUUUUGGAACCGUUUUAAAGUACUGUUUACUCUGCACAGCCAUUCUUGUGUUUAAGUGUAAUUAUGUUUUUUUGCUUUUUAAAUAAACGUUUACAAUAAAGUCA